AUAGACGAUCUGUGUAUCACUAUAUCCAAAAAAUGACUAUUUCUGGAUUAGCGAUUAUAGAAAUGUCGCUUCAAUUGUUCUGCUUCGUGAUCAUUGGAAAUAUCUUCCUCACUUGUGCAAAGAAGAAGAUGGCACCGAAGCAAUCCGAGCGAAAGCCGGUUCCAGUUGCUCCGGAGGCCUCACAGUCAACCUCGGAGUGUGCAAAAACGCAGAAGACGGACAAAAGUGAAGCAAACGUCAAGUUCAACAUCACUACCACACAAAUUGACAAGAAAGCCGACGAAUUUGAAGGAGAUGAUGAAGUGAACCCAGUUGCACUUCUUCCGGUCAAACAGCAUAAGCUAAAGCCUCAAGCUGCUGCUGAAAAGGAUGUAAAACCAGCUGAGAAGAAUGCGAAAGCAGCCGAAAAGGAUCACAAACCGGCUGAGAAGAAUGCGAGACCAAUGACUCCGAAAGCUGCAUCUACUUGCAAGACUCAGAUGACUACAAUCAGCAAAGUGUCAUCCAUGAACAAGACCAAGACCUGCGCUAUCGGACCACCAACCUCUCCUCCAAGCCCUUCGAGAAAAAGUGAAAUUCCAUUGUUUGUGAAUGAAUCUACUGCUGGAGCAUCUAACUAUGUGCAGAUGCCUUAGAAGAUAUGAAGAGAACUUAUUUUUGAAUCUCAAAUGAAUAAAAGUUUUCUGAAAAAUAA